UGUCAUUUGUCAUUCUCAUUUUGUCAGUCAAUAAGCGUUGAAAAUAUAGGAAAAAUUAAAAAAUUGUAAUGUUCUCGUAAUUUUUUUUGUAUAUAAUGACAAAAAAUGAAUUAAAAAACAACAUAAAUUUCGAAACGCAAAACGAAUGCUCGUAAACUUUAAGCUGUGAUUGAUAACCUCUAAACACAUCCGAUAUGCCUAAACCAAACACGUCAAGAAUAAUGGACGCACAGCGUCAACGGCAGCAGAUUUCCAAAAAGGCACAAAACUACGUACCCAGCACAAUAUAUCUACAGGUAGUAGGUUCUGGUGCACGAGGCGUUCCCAAUACAUUAUAUCUCUUUACGGAUCAAAAGCGAUAUCUUUUUAACUGUGGUGAAUCAACACAACGGUUAGCUCAUGAGCACAAAGUGAAGUUAACAAGGUUAGACCAUAUUUUCAUCACAAACAAGACAUGGAAGAACAUUGGUGGACUACCAGGUCUCUCACUAACUCUUCAAGAUGUUGGAGUACCUAAUAUUACUUUACAUGGUCCCGAAGGUUUGGAUGAACUUUAUAAAGCCACCAAGAGGUUUGUCAUAAUGAAAGACAUGAAUGUAACAUUAGCUCCAUGCAGCCCGUCUGAAGAUUUUGUUGAUAAUGUUAUGACUGUUAAAUAUGUUUUAUUACGGCCGGAGAAUAUUCUAAAACCAGAUCUAAAUCCGGCGAAGAAACCUAAGCUAAGUAGUGACACAACAAGUGCAGCAUUUGAGGAAUUCAUACAUGAUGAAACUGAUUACUACAAUCCUGAUAUACGGAAUAUGGAGGAAAAGAAAAAUAAUAAUUUUAAACAAAAAAAUAAAUCACCAGAAAAAGAAUUAACCUUUUCAGAAACUGUAAGGAAAAAGGCUGAAAGGGCAUUACAUGAACUUGAAGGGAAAUCUCAAUGUACAGUGGCUUAUAUUUGUACUUUAAAGAAAAGGCUCGGCACAUUAGAUUUAGCAAAAUGUGUAGAAAAAGGAGUAAAACCGGGACCAUUGUUAGGGCAACUUAAAAGUGGACAUGAUGUCAUAUUGCCUGAUGGUACUCAUGUUAAAUCUAAAGAUGUUAAAACACCAGAUGAUCCAGGACCUGUAUUUAUUGUGCUAGAAGUGCCAGAUAUAUCGUACCUUAAUGUGGAUGAUUUCUCUUCGCAUUACAAUAAUGGACAUAAUUCUGUGGAGAACAUACCUGUCGUUGUUGUUCAUUUUACACCUCCACAUGUCUUUCGUCAUCCAAUUUACCGAAUGUUCAUAUCAAAGUUUGGUCCGACAACCCACCAUUUGGUUCUAAACGAGGAUAACACGUGCCUGGGGUCUGAGGCGGUGCACCGUACUCAGCACCGGCUGCAUGUGCUGGAUGCAGACGUGUUCCCAUUGCUGCGCGACGCCAGCAUACCAGCAAUGUGGAAGUCUCAGCCUCCCACUGAAGGGAUUGUGGGAAAAGCUAACUGUCUAGAGGAACUUAAAAAUAGAAUUGCUUUCGCCCAGUUUCAAAAUAUAAUAAGAAUGGAAGAGACAAUUAAGGAUAAUAUAACAGAAUGCCCGGAGACAAAGUAUGACUUCAUGACGGGCAGAACUCUCACAAUGUUUCAUUUGAGGCCGAAAAAAUGUCUCGAUAGAUCAGCGGAACCAAAGCUUCACGUCCAAGACUACAUCAAGGAGACAAUGGAAGUGGAAGGUUUCUCUAAAAGUCUAGAACAGUAUCGGGAGAUUGUAAGCAAGAUGGGAUCUAAAAAAGAAAUGUUCAAAGCCGAAUACCCUAAAGUGAUAUUCCUCGGUACGGGUUCCUGUAUACCCAGCAAGACGAGGAAUACAAGUGCUAUUGUUAUACAAAUAGAUGAAAACAGGUCGAUGUUGUUAGACUGCGGGGAGGGCACGUUCGGGCAACUUGUACGAUUCUUCGGCCCCAAGCGAGUUAACAACUUCCUAAGAACACUCAGAGCUAUAUACAUCUCACAUUUGCACGCUGAUCAUCAUAUGGGUCUUAUAGGAGUGCUGCAGGCGCGGCGCGAGGCGUUUUCUGAUCAGAGCCGAGUGCCGUACGAGCCUGUGCAGCUUCUCGCGCCAGGACAGAUCGUCACCUGGCUGCUCCUCUACGACCAGCAGUUUGAGAGCAUACGCGACGAUUACGCGUUGAUUACCAAUCAGAGCUUGCUAGAGGCGAAGUCAAACUCUUUAGGUACAGAGAUGACGCCAGCGUCACUAUCUCGUAUCGGCGUACAGCACAUCCGCACCUGUCUUGUGUCGCACUGCCCCAACGCAUUCGGGGUUGCCAUUGACGUGGACGGGAAGCACAAGAUCACCUACUCCGGCGAUACCAUACCUUGCAAGGAACUCGUUACUAUCGGACAAAACUCGACUCUGCUGAUCCAUGAAGCGACAAUGGAGGACGAAUUAGCGGAGGAGGCGCGCAUCAAGAUGCAUUCGACCACAUCUCAGGCGAUACAAAUCGGUCGCGAGAUGAACGCCAAGUACACUGUACUGACACACUUCAGUCAGCGCUAUGCGCGUCUGCCAAGACUCAGCGCACACAUACUUCAUGACAACACCAGCGUGGGAGUCGCAUUUGAUAACAUGCAGAUAAGGAUGAAGGAUUUAGAGUUAUUGCCGUACAUGUACGCGCCGCUGCAACUGAUGUUCGCGGAGCACUGUGUCGAGUUAGAAGUGAAAGCGGCACAUCGAGCGCGCAGGCGCGAGCGCGGCACCGGCAGCCCGCCACCUGCCGUACGCAUAAGCGUAACUUCAAUCAAAGGACGUCAGCAAAUCUCUUGCCCUGGCCCGGGACGUACACAAAGAACAAAUGGUAAAGGGCAACCUUCGCCUAUUUAUCGGACGACUGACGCACGAGCAUCGGACAGAUUCAGUCGGAUAUCAAAUUUAACUAAAUUCGGCACACCAAUACGCGAUCAUAGCGCGUCGUCGACGAGGAGCGUGGAACAUCGCAGACCGUACCGGCCCGCCUCAGCCGAGUCUAGUCGUGGCGCUAUAACUCGCGAUAGGAGCGCGUCGUCGAGCAAAAGUACAGGAUCACGAGGACACAAUCAGACCACUUUCCCAGCUACUUGCGCUAUAAAUAAAAGACCACAAAUAAAAAAUAAAGUUGAGGCAAUUCGCACACCCGAACGAAUCAGGAGUGUGAAUUUUAUAAAGGCUCGAGGCGCGUGUACCACGUUUCUUAGCUCCAAUCUUCCAGAUAGACCCAGAACUAGGUCUAAUCUACUCAACCGUGUUGCAAGUACCACAAUUUCUAACAACAGUCAGAGGCGUUUUGUGCCAUCAGGAGUUACAAACUUACCAACCAAACUACCAAGGCCAACCAAUAUGGUUCAAAGCAUAGAAUCUCGUCCUCGAUUUAAUUGUAGUCCAAGAAUAGAAAGAACAAACAUCACCGCCAAGAAAGUUCCUUCAGAAAAUCUUAAAAUGAAAAAUAAAUUUUCAUGUAAACUUAGCGAAAAAACUAAUCUUAACCAGAGUUUGCAAAACGUGAGCAUAAAAAAAGUAUUUACUCCUGUUAACGAACAGAAUAUACAAGAAAAGCAAACGAGGAGAAGAAAUCAGAUUGAAACACUUAAAAAUACAUUUUGCAGGGAAGCCCCUGAUAUAUCAGCUUUAACAACUAAUUAUUCAAGUUCCGCUAGUAAAAGGUACAAACCACAAUUAGAGGAUAUCAAGAGUUCAUAUUUACUUUUGAAUAAAAAGAAUGUCAUUAAUAGAAAUAUUGAUAAUGUUAUAAGCAAUGAUUCAAAAAAAAUAUCAAAGCCAGAACCA